ACGGACCCCAUGCAUGCAAUGUUCAGCAGCCAUUCAAUGUUGGCCGCUGCCCGGAUACAGAAGCUCUCGAGGCUGAUAUGCGGAACGCCAUCUUGCGCGCUGAGCAUCUCGUGCACGAGCGUCGUCCCUCGCUCCCGUCCGGCCCCUCUUUACCCCAGAUAUCCCACCACUUUCCAUCCCUCAUUCUCCAACUACUCUUUCCAAUCACCCACUUCUCCUCUUCUCAACUCGGCGGCCGCAGCCUCGGCCUCAUGCGCGUCCUCGCUCUCCUCUGGGCCGCCGCGGCCCUGGCUCUCCCGCUAUCGCCUGCUGGAGAGCACCCCGCGCAGCUCGUGUUGCACGGCAAGCCCGUCCACCGGGUCGAACCCCCUGUGCUCGAGCACAUCCCGACCUCCUUCUCGCAGGUCCCCUCCCCUCCCCUCCCUUCUCCGCACGUUCAGCCCCCGGCCCCACCGCCGAACCACCCACACCGCCUGCCGCCCGAACAGCGGCUGCCGACCAAGCAGCGUCUUCCGCCCGAGUAUGACCAGCCCGACCGUGACCGUUCAGUGUCCGACGCAGGCGACACCGACAACAGGACAGAGUCGGACGCCAACGAAACCGACGUGAGUCUCUGCAUCACGCUCGCGGGCCUCGCGGCGUUGGCUGGCGACGCCCCCGAGCAGGGCGAG